UUAUAGCUUCAAUCAAUUUUAUUGCAGCAAACAAACAAAAAGGCCAGGGACACGAAAGAGAGAUAGAGAGAGGCAUUAGGGUUUAGGAUUACGUUUUAGAGAAGGGUUUAGAUCUCUACCACUACCAACUGGUUUGUUAAGAACAGAAUCUCCUUAACACAUUUUUACUUUUUAAAACAUUUUGUUUUUGUUUUUGUUAUCUUCACCAAAAGACUUGACUCCAAGAAACAACAAGAAGAAGAAGAAGAAUCAAGAAGCAAGUUCAAGAACCAACCAGCUUUAAAGAAGUAUUCAUUAUCUUCUACCUCAAAAGGAAAGUUAAAAACUUGCUUUAGGGAGAUGGGUCUUUUGUUUUCUUGAAUCUUUUGUGUGGGUCAAGAUUUUGAUUUAAGGAGGGGUUUGUUAUUAAUUUUGUGUUCUUGGGAUCAUCAAGACUUCAAAAAAACAUUUUUUUUUUCCUUUUUCAAUUUGAGAUUUAGUGUCUCCUUUAACACCCACAAAGCCAGCAGAUGCUUUACUGAUGAAUCCUUGUUUGAUGGUUAUGAUCUAAUCAUACGAAGAAGAAGAAGAAGACUAUGGCAACUUAUUACAAAACUGGCUCAAGUGAGAUUUAUUCCAGACCAGAAUUUGUCCCUGGAAACGCAAUGAGCUACACAAAUUCUUUCUCAGAGACUUUUCCUAGAGAAGCAACUAAUAAUGUCUCAGCUUCUAAAGAGAUUCAAGUAUUGUCAAGUCUUGGUGGAGCUUCACAAAUGGUGGAGAUUCAAGAUUCUGGUUCUUGGAGAGAUCAAGAAGACAAUGACAGGAGUCGCUUCCCGGUGAUGAUGCGUCUUGGCCUCAGCUCGCAGAUUGAGACAUCGAGAGGCACUAAUAACAAUGAGUAUGCAACACAGGUUGUUUCGGGAUUUACUCGAACCAUUCAUAACUCAAAGUAUCUCAAGGCUGCUCAAGAGCUUCUUGAUGAAGCUGUUAAUGUUAAGAAAGCUCUGAAGCAGUUUCAGCCACAGGGAGACAAGAUUGAUGAAGUGAAAGAGAAGAAUCUUCAGACGAAUAUUGCUGAAAUCCCUCAAGCAGAGAGACAAGAAUUGCAGAGCAAGUUGUCGAAACUUUUAUCGAUAUUAGACGAGGUGGAUAGAAAUUACAAGCAGUAUUACCACCAGAUGCAGAUAGUUGUGUCGUCUUUCGAUGUAAUAGCGGGAUGUGGAGCAGCCAAACCAUACACGGCCCUUGCGCUUCAGACCAUCUCUAGGCAUUUUCGUUGCUUAAGGGAUGCGAUAUCCGGACAAAUCUUGGUGAUAAGGAAAACUUUAGGAGGGGAACAGGAUGGAUCAGAUGGGAGAGGAGUGGGGAUAAGCAGGUUAAGGAAUGUUGAUCAACAGGUAAGGCAACAAAGAGCGUUGCAGCGGUUAGGUGUUAUGCAACCUCACACUUGGCGGCCUCAACGCGGUUUACCUGAUUCCUCUGUUUUGGUUCUCCGUGCUUGGCUGUUCGAGCAUUUCCUCCACCCUUAUCCAAAGGAUUCAGACAAGAUCAUGCUCGCUAGACAAACGGGGUUGAGCCGAGGCCAGGUGUCGAACUGGUUCAUAAAUGCGCGUGUGCGUCUCUGGAAACCGAUGGUGGAGGAGAUGUACAAGGAGGAAUUCACAGAUGCAUUGGAGGAGAAUGAUCCCAAUCCGUCUUCUGAAAACACACCAGAAAUCACCGACAUUCAAGAGCAACAAACUGAGUCUAGUUCCAACAACGGACGUGUAUCUAGUGUGCCAAGCAGUAGCAUUGGACAAAGCACGGUGGCCCGUGGUGGUGACCGGUUCAUGAUGGUGACUGACAUAACAAGAAAUGGUAGUGGUGGGAUGUCUUUAACAUUGGGGAUUCAGAAUUCCGACAGCGAUGUUCCUAUGUCCGGUGGGAUAGAUAACUACGAGAAUACUAUCCCGGGAACCGAUCUCCAAUACUUAAACUCUCGCAACCACCAGCACCGGCUUGGCUCUUCACAAUUGUUGCAUGACUUUGUAGCUUGAUGAGGAGAAUAGAAAGGUGUCGAAAUGUAUUCUUUUGUGAAAGUAAACCCAAAAAGACGAAAUUGUAGAUUAAUGAGAAGACAUGAGAAGGUGAACACAAUCUAAGAUUAGAUACGAUUUGUUCUUCCUACUUUAA